GUGCGGCGCGGAGGCGGGCUGAGGGGAGCGCUGAGGGGCGGAGCGGGGCCGGGCUGGGCGCUGACGUGCUGCGGCCGACGGCGUGUGCCUGGGGACCGGGGCGGCCGGCGGAGGAGCCGGCUGAAGGCGCUCACGGAGCGUUCUGGGGAGCAGGCGUGUGGAGAGGGGUUUGGCGGAGAGUGGCAAAACACCAAAGAACCUCAGGAUGUCUGUAGUUCAGCGAGGGACAGCAACACUUCGUAAAGCGAAGAAAAUCACUGUAAAAACAUGUCUAGAUAACCCCUUUGUUUUUCAGUGGAAAACCAUAGAUGGAGAAGACAUGCAUUUUAUACUACAGACUUUAGAAGAGAGGAUUAAACAUAUUGGACUUAAAAAGAUUGAGACUCCAAGAAAGAAAAAACGUUCCCUUACAAAAAACCAAACAGAAAGAAAGUGUGAUGCUAGCACCAAUGAACUCCCUAAAGAAGAGGAAACAGAAGGCCAUCGACAAAAAUUAGGAUGGACUGAUACAAGUAUCAGAAGGCAGCUUGCUAUUGGAGUUAACGAAGUUACAAAAGCAUUGGAGAAAAAUGAACUACUUCUCUUGCUGGUGUGCAAGUCUGCAAAACCUGCCAUGAUCACGUCACACCUUAUUCAGCUGAGUGCAAGUCGAGCCACACCAGCAGGUCAGGUUCCCCGUCUCAGUGAAACACUUGCACCACUUCUUGGCUUAACAUCCAUUUUAGCAUUAGGCUUUAAAAAGCAGUCCGAUAAAUUUACUGAAGCAAUAGAAGCAAUAGUUCCAAAGAUACCAGCUUUGGAAGUGCCAUGGUUUCAAUACAGAAGUGAGGAAUUGGUGGCUUAUGCACAUACAGAUACUUCAGAAAAUCAGGAACCUGAGCAGCUUGUAGAGGUGCUGAGCAAUGAGCUCACAAGCCAGAAGCGCAAGCGUACAGAAAGCAACCAGCUCGACCUUUCAAAUGUAAUUUUACAGCCUUUGAAAAUCAAGAAACUUGUUCCAAACCCAAAUAAGAUAAAGAAACCACCUCGCAAAAAGAAAAAAGCUUUUUCAGCCUAACUGGUUUUAGUUUGGUUCUUCAUAUUAAACUGAUUUUUUUUAAUGCAGUAUGGAGUACAGCUCUAACUGAACUAUUUCAUUAGGCUUUACACUGUAAAGCACUUGAAUACCAGGUGAACUUUAUGUUGCAUUCAGUUGAGGUACUUUCUGCUUUAAUAAACAAUAUUGCUCAAACUUGGGUGUGAGCCUUUACCUGAGGGUAAAUAUUUCAUUUGCAGUUGAAAAUCACAGAGUUAAAAAUCAGUAAUGAAUAUGCCAAAGUAAUUUAAGACAUAAUAAGUACAUCUUUGGAAUUAAUGCAAACCAUUUAGUGAACUUUGUAUUUUUAUACAGAUGAACAUGCUUCAAGCAAAACAGAUGGGAGUUAAGUAUAAUUAGUCAAACAAAUCAAUACCAAAACUGAAAGUUUAUUUAAACAAAGGUCCAUGCCGGUAUAACUUUUUUAAAGCUGGUUCAAUGCUUGUUUCAAGUACACAGCUGUAACAGCACAGGCAGACGUCCCUUUUUAACUUUCCUAGUUUGCUCUGCUGAACAAACAACUUGUUUUGGUCAAGAAUAUAUGCAGACUGGAGUUCCAUCUAAUUGCUGGUGUCCAAUACGCUGAUGGAAAAACUUUAUUUUCAA